AUGGCGGAGCAGGUGCUGGCGGUGCUGCCCCUGCCGCAGCUGCGGGCACGCCUGCAGGAGGAGCGUCAUGCCAUCGCUUUGCUGAGAGCUGAGGUGGAGAUGUUUGAAAAUCAGUACCGUAAGAUGGAGCCGAGCAGCCCAGCUCUCCAGCAGCAGCCGGUGGCACACGACUCCCCGCCAGAGCUGGUGCACGUACUGACACAUGGCAGGUCCAAAUCCAAGACGCAUCGUUCAACAGGCUAUUUCGCAGGCCUGACAGUGGAGCAGAAAUGUGAGCUGGCUGAGCGGGAGCUGGUGGACAUGAAGGGUGAAAUUCAGAGGAUGGAGGAGGACACAGAGAAGACCUUGCAGGACCUCGAGGCAGUCAUACAAGAAACAGAUAUUUGGUGGACUGAUGUUAAGAAAGCAAUCAGUGACUUUGAGAAAGACAUCGUCAGUACCAUCGCCAACAAGAAAGGGAGCAUUGUAGCUUCCGAGAAGCUGCUGAGGUACCUAGAGGAGAAGAACCACCAAAGGGAUCUGAUGAAAGAGAAGUUGCGCUUAGAAAACAGUUUUCUCAAGGGUUACAAGAAGAAGCUGCAACAGCAGCUCAGGCAGAAGGAGCAGAUGGGAGAGACGCUCCGUGAGGUCCGCUCACAGCAGCUGCAGGUUACAAAGGAGCAGUACGAAGAGAAGAUUGAUGAGAAGAACAAGGAGCUGCAGCAGCUAAAACUGACUUUAGGGAAGACUGUCCAGAUCCUCAACUUCCGUAAAAAAAAGCUUCAGAACACCAUGGAAACAUCGACAUCUCUAAUGAAAGACAUCUCCCAGAAGACGGAGCUGCUGGAGAAGAUUGAAAGAGAAACUACUCUGGUGGAGAAGCAACGAGCCAAAGCGGAGAGUCUGGACCGGUGGCUGCAGAAACAGCUGUCGGACUACAGCACGCCUCCCGUGAUGAGUUAUGUGCAGACGGCAAUGGCUGUCACUGACCUGGAAAAGAGUAUCAAGGCUUGGCAGAGGAGGGCAGCAAUUGCUGAGACGACCUUGCAGAGCUACCGCAGAGCAUGGAACCAGGUCAAGAUGUCUGGUAACCAGCAGCUAGCAGAGGGAGCCGCCCCAUUCUUCUGA